AUGGCGGUGCCGGCGCCCUCAUCGGAGCCAGAAACAGCUGAAGAAUGUGUGCCCAUGGUGGUAGACCCACUCCCACCACCGGAGUACAUAUGGCGGCUCGACGUGGAGUGCCGUUACGACGGCCACUUGCAGAAGCUUCGGUUGCCAGUCGUUGGCCACCAGACAGCAGCCGAGCUUCUCGAACGCCUCAUUUCGAUGGUGUAUGGCAUGCCGGGUACGGUGCUCCACCCCAGAGCACAUGCAGGGCCACAGAUGACAGCUGCACAUGUCAUCGCAGUGGCGGAGUACCUCCGGUCCUUCCGCGAGCCCUCUCCUGGCUCGGAUGAGGACGUGUUUACACUCCUCGAUGUGCAGCCCUGGUAG